AUGGGGGUGACUUUGGAUGCAAGUCAAGGUAUGAGAGAAGUUGACAGGCAAUUCCUUGCUGCUCCUGUAAAGUCUGCUGUUGAUAAGUUUCAGCUACUUCCCGAGUUUCUCAAGGUGAGGGGAUUAGUGAAGGAACAUUUGGACUCCUUUAAUUAUUUUGUCAAUACUGAAAUAAAGAAGAUUGUUCGUGCUAAUGACCUUGUGAAAAGUAGAUUGGAUGAUAAGGUCUAUCUCAGAUAUAGAGAUGUUUGGAUUGGAACACCUUCUGUGGUUGUUGAUGGUGUUACCGAUGAAAUGAGUCCUCAAAAGUGUCGGCUAGGUGACAUGACGUAUUCGGCUCCAAUAUAUGUGAACAUUGAGUAUUGCAAUGGCAAUCAUGGUCAAAAUACCCAUCCACUGUUUAAAAGAGAAGUUAUUAUAGGUAGAAUGCCUAUCAUGUUAAAGAGCAGUAAAUGUGUCCUUUAUGGGAAAGAUGAAGAUGAACUUGCAAAAGUAGGUGAAUGCCCACUUGACCCGGGCGGAUAUUUUGUUGUGAAAGGAAAUGAAAAGGUUAUUUUAAUUCAAGAACAACUUUCAAAGAACAGGAUAAUCAUAGACACAGAUAAGAAGGGUUGCAUCCAGGCAUCUAUUAUGAGCAGCACAGCAAUGACAAAGAGUAAAACAGUUAUAGUAAUGGAGAAAGAGAAAAUAUAUUUGAGUUUGAAUUCUUUUACUUCCAAGGUUCCCAUCAUGGUGGUUAUGAAAGCUAUGGGUAUGGAAAGUGAUCAGGAAGUUGUGCAAAUGCUUGGUAGAGAUCCUCAGUAUGCUGCUCUGCUUUUGCCAUCUAUUGAGGAUUGUGCAAAUCAUGGUAUUUAUACACAAGAACAAGCUUUGGAAUUUCUUGAAAAAAAGCAUAAGAAGAACAAGUUUGGUAAGGAUGAGGGAGCUUUGGGUGUUCUUCGGAAUAUCUUUAUUGCCAUAGUUCGGGUGCGAGAUAAUAAUUUUCAUCCAAAAUGCGUAUAUGUUGUGGUAAUGUUGAGACGCAUGAUGGAUGCACUUUUAAACAAGGAUUCCAUGGAUGACAAAGAUUAUAUAGGCAAUAAGCGACUAGAGCUUUCGGGGCAAUUAAUAUCAAUAUUAUUUGAGGACCUGUUCAAGACACUGAAUACCAAUUUAGCUAAGCUUGUAGAUUCAAUCCUAAACAAGAGCAGUCGUUCUAGCAGGUUUGAUAUAUCUCAGCAUCUAAUGAAAGAUGAUAUUACUAAUGGCUUGGAGCGCAGCCUCUCUACUGGAAAUUGGAACGUUCAGCGAUUUAAGAUGGACAGAAAAGGCAUAACACAGAUUGUUUCAAGGCUGUCCUUCAUUGCAGCAUAUGGAUACAUGACAAAAAUUUCACCACAGUUUGAAAAGUCAAGGAAAGUCAGUGGACCUAGGGCCUUACAACCUAGCCAGUGGGGAAUGCUUUGCCCAUGUGACACUCCUGAAGGUGAACAAUGUGGAUUGGUGAAAAAUUUGGCUUUGAUGACCCAUGUUACAACUGAUGAAGAGGAAGGCCCUAUUAUUACCUUGUGUUCCUGCUUGGGAGUUGAAGACUUGUCUCAACUUUCUGGAGAAGAACUUCAUUCACCAAGUUCAUAUCUCAUCACAUUAAAUGGUCUUAUCCUUGGAAAGCAUAGGAAGCCACAGUUCUUUGCUAAUGCAAUGAGGAAACUGAGAAGGGCGGGUAAAAUAGCAGAUUUUGUAAGCGUUUAUGUCAAUGAGAAACAACGUUGUGUUUAUAUAGCUUCAGAUGGUGGGCGUGUUUGUCGGCCACUUGUUAUUGCUGACAAAGGUGUUUCAAGAAUUAAGCAUCAUCACAUGAAAGAGUUGAAGGAUGGAGUUCGCAAUUUCGAUAGCUUUCUACAGGAAGGAUUGAUAGAGUAUCUUGACGUCAAUGAAGAGAACAAUGCUUUGAUUGCUUUAUAUGAAGGAGAAGCCACCAGUGAGACAACACAUAUUGAAAUAGAACCUUUCACAGUCUUAGGUGUUUGUGCUGGGCUCAUUCCUUUUCCUCAUCAUAACCAGUCCCCAAGAAAUACCUAUCAGUGUGCCAUGGGAAAGCAAGCAAUGGGUAAUAUUGCAUAUAACCAGCUAUGUCGGAUGGAUACUUUGAUCUACCUUUUGGCUUAUCCUCAACGACCACUAUUGACAACUCGAACAAUUGAGCUGGUUGGGUAUGAUAAGCUUGGAGCUGGACAAAAUGCAACUGUUGCAGUUAUGAGUUAUAGUGGUUAUGAUAUUGAAGAUGCCAUUGUUAUGAAUAAAUCAUCUUUGGAUCGUGGUUUUGGUCGUUGUAUUGUAAUGAAAAGGCACACAGCUGCCUUUCAGAAAUAUCAGAAUUCAUGUGAUAAGUUUUCUCCACCCAGUCGGGCCCCACAUGAUCGAGAAAAGAAUCAGAUUUUGGAUAAUGAUGGACUUGCUUCUCCUGGUGAAAUAAUAAGACAUCAAGACAUUUUUUUCACGAAAUUAUGCCCUGAAAAUGCAAAUGUUUCGAUCAGUUCACAUCCUUCAACUAUUAAAUAUAGACCAAAUAGACAAACCUACAAAGGUGCAGAAGGGGAAGCUGCUGUUGUGGAUAGAGUGGCUUUAUGCUCUGAUAAGCGUAACAAUUUAUGUGUUAAGUUUAUGAUUCGCCAUACUCGUAGGCCCGAGGUUGGUGACAAAUUUAGUAGUAGGCAUGGGCAGAAAGGUGUUUGUGGGACCAUUAUCCAACAAGAAGAUUUUCCUUUCUCUGAACGAGGCAUAUGCCCUGAUUUGAUUAUGAACCCUCAUGGGUUUCCAAGUCGAAUGACUGUUGGAAAGAUGAUAGAGCUUCUUGGAAGUAAGGCUGGAGUUUCAUGUGGAAAGUUUCAUUAUGGAAGUGCAUUUGGUGAACCAAGUGGUCAUGCACAUAAAGUUGAAGAUAUAAGUGAAACCCUUGUGAAGCAUGGAUUUUGUUACAAUGGGAAGGACUUUCUGUAUUCAGGAAUCACUGGUAUGCCACUACAAGCAUAUAUUUUCAUGGGACCAAUAUACUACCAGAAGCUAAAGCACAUGGUCAUGGAUAAGAUGCAUGCUCGAGGCAUGGGCCCACGUCAACUCAUAACUAGACAGCCCACAGAAGGGAGAAGCAAAAAUGGAGGUCUACGAGUGGGAGAAAUGGAAAGAGAUUGUUUGAUUGCUUAUGGAGCUAGUAAUCUGAUAUACGAACGUUUAAUGAUCUCUAGUGAUCCCUUUGAGGUUCAGGUUUGUAGAAAGUGUGGAUUACUAGGGUACGAAAAUCAUAAGACAAAAGCUAAAGUUUGUUCCACAUGCAAAAAUGGAGAUAAUAUCUCAUCCAUGAAAUUACCAUAUGCUUGCAAGCUUUUAUUCCAGGAAAUCCAGUCGAUGAAUAUAGUUCCAAAACUGACAUUGGCCGAUUCAUGAUGAUAUAUCAAUAAUCAAGUCAUGAUUAAUUGAAAGGAAAAACUGUUUUGUUUUUUCAUGUUUUUAUGGUUUACCAUAGCUUAAGGUUUACAUUAGUGCUAUUCAAAGAAAGGGUAUUAGGGGAUAUUUGACACAUAUAUAAUGGCUUUUUUGAAAUUUCAUUUGUUUAUUUUUUGGUGGCCAAUGGAUGUUUUCAGUUAAUAUGACGCUACUUACUGUGUUGAUCAUUUCUCACCAUACAAUUAAUGUCAAGAAUCAUAUAUCUGAUAGUUGGCGAAAAUUAUGCCUACGUGGUUCCUACAUGUAUGCGUUAUUGGUUGGAAUCAUUGUGGAAUGGGGAAAAAUGUUAUUGCUGGAAAGACUAACAAGGCAUCGGAAAAAGUAAAUAGGUUUGGCUAGAGGUGGUGGUGGCGAAUAGUAGUUUUAAG